UGUCAGUUCCGGUUCUAUUGGGAAGAGGUUCCUGGAUGUUACCGAGCUGCAAGAUGUCGGUCGGAGCCUGAGGGAGAAACCGGCCGGGAGCGGGUUACCGAGAGGACGGGGACGGCACGGGGGAGGAAGAAGAGGCGGAGGCGGUGGCUCCGCACAGCGGCCGGGACAUGUAUAACAUCGAGCUGGCGGAGCUGGUGUGGGGGAAACGCCCGAACAGCGCCCUGUCUGAUUCCGUCUUCCGCAGAUGGACCCAAGGAUUUGUUUUAAGUCAAUCAGAAUCCACAGCUUUAGAACAAUUUGAAGGAGGUCCUUGUGCAGUGAUUGCACCUGUUCAGGCGUAUCUUCUAAAGAAUUUCCUGUUCAAAUCUGACAAACCAAAUUGGCGAGAUUGUACAGAUGAAGAGCACAAGCAUCUUUUCUGCCUCACUCUGAGUGAAAUUCUAGAAACUGUUAGAUUAAGCAACACGACUCCCUUCUGUUUGGUAAUGUUGGCAAAAGAAAAGUCAACAGAGGAACAUGGCAGUAUUUCUGAAAAUCAGCCAGAGUCCAGUCAGGGGAUUGAAGAGGAACAGUUCUCUGCCUUGGCUGCAGAGGAGCUUGGCUCUGAGAGAUUUCAUGCACUGAUUCAAAAACGUACAUAUGCAACUCUAACUGAGCUGAGAGAGGCAAUUUUGGAACAGUAUUCAACUUGGAAGAAUCGAUUUGGAGUCCUACUUUUUCUCUAUUCUGUAAUUUUAACAAAGGGCAUUGCAAAUAUUAGAAAUGAAAUUGAAGAUGCAGCUGAACCUCUAAUUGAUCCUGUAUAUGGUCAUGGAAGCCAAAGCCUGAUCAAUUUACUGUUGACUGGAUAUGCAGUUCUGAAUGUAUGGGAUGGUGACAGAGAGUGUUCUGGAAUGAAACUCCAUGGAAUAAGAAAUCAAUCUACUGUAGGUUUUCUGACGUUAAUGGAGUCUUUACGCUAUUGCAAGGUUGGAGCAUUCCUGAAGUCUCCUAAAUUUCCUGUUUGGAUACUUGGCAGUGAAACUCAUCUAACUGUAUUCUUUGCAAAGGAAAUGUCUUUAGUUGCUCCAGAAUCUCCUUGGGAACAGGCAAGAAGAGUAUUCCAAACAUAUGAUCCUGAAGAUAAUGGAUUUAUACCUGACACAAUGCUUGAGGAUGUUAUGAAAGCAUUGGAUUUAGUGUCAGACCCUGAAUAUGUAAAUAUUAUGAAGAGCAAAUUAGACCCUGAAGGAUUAGGAAUCAUCUUGCUGGGAACAUUUCUACAAGAAUUUUUUCCUGAGCAGGAAUCUACAAUUCCCGAUUCAUUUACUGUUUAUCACUACAAUGGGUUGAAGCAGUCUAACCACAGUGAAAAGGUUAUGUAUGUUGAAGGAACUGCUGUUGUCACAGGCUUUGAGGAUCCAAUGGUGCGAACUGAUGACACUCCAAUCAAGCGCUGUCUGCAAACUAAAUGGCCGUACAUAGAGCUCAUGUGGAAUACAGACCGGUCACCAUCCUUAAAUUAAUUCCAAAACCAAACAACCUUCCAAAUACUGUAAGCUGUAUUGCAUUUUUAAAUCUGUACACAGUUGCUGCUAACUGGAAUGUAGUGUCCCUGAAGUCCUUAAGAAACUGUAGACCUUAAUUAUUCUAAUUACUGUUGAUAAAGAUCCAAGUCACUGUCCUUAUUGUUAAUCAAAAUAUUAUACAUAGUCAACUGGAAUGUGCUAUCAAAUGACUAAGGUAGAGGCAAAAUUGUUUUAUUACAUCAUCCUUGACGUGUAAAAUCAAAGUUCCCAAAAUUAGUGUUGUAGAGAGUGAUAUGAAUGGAUUUGGGCUUGUAAUUCUGGGUCCUGUCAACCCCACCAGGAAUGAGAUGGAGCAGGUCUCUUGACCAUUAACUGUCAAAGGUGUGGACCCUGAUGGCUGUCUACAGACCUUAAAUGAGCUGAAGAGCAGUUACAAAAGAAAAAAUGCAUUUCCCAAAAACCAAAAGUUCUGUCAGAUUAAAAUGAUAAUUCCCUUCUGUUAAUAAAAAUCUGCUGCAGCCUUUGGAAGACCCAGUGCAAAGUCUUCAUACAGCUGUCAUUUAUCGGUCCAUUGUAUAACCCAGGAAUGUACACUGGGCACAUAAAGCAUAUCUUGAUGUUGGGGCAACCAGUCAAAAAUCAUUAUUUCUCUUCCAGAGAAUUUAGAUCAUUUUUCACAACACAGUCCAGAGGAACCAGAUUCAGUUGCAAAUUGAAGAAUUUGAUUCAGGUUCUUACACAAAAUGUUUACUUCUUCAACAGUUGCUCAGAAUGUUCUUAAUGAAAAUAAAAAUGCUGGAAAAGCUCAGCUGGUUAGACAGUGUCUAUGAAGGGGAACAGUGUGAUAUUUCAGUUUUCUAUUCUGUUGAAAGAUCAUUUUUACCUAAAAUGAGAACUCUGCUUCAGUCCAUAGAUACUGCCUGACCUGCUGAAUUUUUCCAACAUUUUUUGUUUUUAUUUCAGAUUUCCAGCAUCUGCAGUAUUUUCUUUAUUUUUAAUUUUUCAACAGGAUGUGAUUGUUGCCAGGUAAGCCAGCAUUUGUUGCCUGCCCAUAACUGACCCUAAAAAUGUGCUGGUGUGCUGCUUUCUUGAACUGCUGCAGUCCUUAUGUUGUGGAUAUAGUGCUGAAUAAGAGAAUAUUUUUACAAAUGACUUUUCAGAUAACAAAUUCUUCUGAGCAACAAAAUUCACUCAAAUGGUUGUACUUCCAUAUGUUAUCGUAGGAUCACCAUAAAAGACAAUUAUUACCUCCAAUGUAGUGUGUAUGACCAGAGAAAAUGGACUUGCCAACUGGACUUUUUCUAUGCAGAAAAUGUUGCAACUGAUCUCAGAAACCUAGCAUGGAAUCUCUUUAGUAGUGUCAGUGGAGCAUAUCUCCUUCGACAUAUUAGUAUUUUGCUGUGCUCCUCAGGGAACCUGGUACGAAAAUGACAUUCUCAAACAUUAGGGGCCAGUUCAAAACUGAGGAUCAAAAACAGAAUAAAUCAGAGAUGUAACUUGGAAGGAAGAAGCAAAUUACUUUGGAAAAGCUGUACCCCCUAAGAUGCAUACAGUUGCCCUUUUAAGUUAAGUACAUGAGUUUUGAUUUUAAUGUAAACAGGAUUGACAGCGUUCUGUCUAAUUGGGUCCAGUAAGUGAGUUUACUUAUCUUCAUCAUCCCAUGAACUUAACCAGUGACAGUGACUGAAAACUUUAUCUUUUACAGUGAUCUCUUGGGGGAAAAAAAACGAUUCAUGGAAAUGUUUGGAAGAGCCAUUUGUUUUACUUUGUGGUGCAUUGCAAUAUGUUUUUAACUACCAGCUGAACCUGAGUAUGUGGCUCUCAGUAACAUACUGGAAUUUCUGUAGUUUACAUUUUUGAAAAAGUACCACGGUGAAAGCCAUAGAGGUAAAAUAUUGAUCCAAAUUGUGGCUAAAUACAAUGUGAUAAAUUCUGAAUCUUUACAAUGAUUGAUGCAGCUUAUAUCUGAAGUUGUCCAACUGUACUGUUGCAUUAUAUUGCCAAGACUUUUAUUUUGUGUCAUAAUUACACGUGUUUACCAGUGUUCAUGUAUAUUUAAAUUCUGCUUGUUAGAUUGCAUGAAAAAUGAACCAUUUAUUGUGCAUAAAACACUGUGUUCUCUUAUUUAUUAUGAUUUAGCAGUUGGCCUAAAAUAAAAAUAUUGUUGAAAAAUG